AUGGCACCGGCCAAGAAGGGGAAGGGAGGGAAGAAGAAGACAUCGCAAGGGAAGAAGGAAGACCGUCUUGCUGCGCAGAUUGGCCCGCUGUUCAGUGAUGGGUUGAUAGAUCCUGUAAAAGGAGGUAAGGUUCCCCCUGGAGCUGUCGAGACCAACAAUGUGAUUGCAAUCAAAGUGUUCGAGUUCGAAGGCAAAGACCCCGAGGGUUUCACGAUGGAGGGAAGAAUCGUUAGCAAUCGGGUAGAGAUUCAUCCCUUCAACAUCGAGUUCAUCCAACCCGUCGAAGUGAAGAUACCGCACUGCUGCGCAGAUGAAGAUGCGCAGCAGACCAUGUAUGCAGCCUCCUUCAGCGUUCUUCAGGACGGCACUCAGCUCGCACAAGAGGCGACAGGAACGAUGGAAGCAGAGAAUGCAGACUUGCAGUGGGAGUUCCACAAGUUGCCUGUUACCAAGGUGGAUAUUGAGAGAGGAGUUGCAACGAUCAACAUCAAGUCCACUGGCAUCUAUUACAUCUGCUCGUCUUCGGCUCACAACAUGGACUUUGCGGUCUGCACUUACGACAUUCCAGCGAUCAACAAGGCGAGCGUGACAGCAUUCAACGCUGUUGCGUUUGACUGGAUCACUGGCAAAGUUUCCCUCUGGCCUCGGACUUCCUUCAACCGUCCAAUCGGCGCUGACGGGCCGGUGAGGGUCAAAAGAAGCUCCAAAGUACUGGUUGACUUCGAAGCCAAGAGAACGAGAAGCCUUCAUAGCAACAACGUCUCCACCUACGAACAAACGUCUUCCAUCUUGAAGGAUGCAAAACGGAUGUUCUGA